AUGAAGACCACCAUCGCCAUGCUCACCGCCUCAAUGGCCACCGCCAUCCUCGCCCAUCCCUUCGACACCCGCUCCCAGCAGUGCAACAUCGCUCCCUCCGCCACUCCCUCCACCGAUAUCCAACCCCUUUCCACUCCAACUGCCUCUACCGCCCAGGCCUGCCAGAAGCUCUGCACCGAGCACUCCUCCUGCAAGAGCUUCCUCUUCGGUCUCCCCGCUGACGCCAAGGCUCCUACCUGCAAGCUCUACUCUGUCCCUGCUGCCCAGGUCCCCAACCAGGGAAACAACCUGUAUGUCUUUGACAAGGCUUGCUCCGACAAGGCUGUACCAAACACCAAGCCUACGCAGGAUAAGCCGCGUGGUGAGGUGAAGGUCAGGGUUGAGAGGGAUGUUAAGCUUGAGGGCAAGCCUCCUGUCAAGGAUGAGCCCCAUGCUGGUGACAAGCCUAAGAACAAGGCUCCUCAGAACCCCCCUCACAACAAGAGGGACAACAAGCCUGAGGGAAAGCCUCCUGCCGAGGACCAACCCCCUGCUGAUGAUAAGCCACCUAAGGGCAAAGCUCCCGUCAACCCUCCCAACAACAAGAGGGACGACAAGCCUGAGGGCAAGCCUCCAGUCAAAGAUCAGGACCACGCUGGUGAUAAGCCACCUAAGAACAAGGCCCCCGUCAACCCUCCCAACAACAAGCGCGGCAUCAAGCCUGAGGACAAGCCCCGUGUUGGUGACAAGCCCAAGGCUCCCCUACCCCCCAAGGACAAGAACUCUGGCGACAACGGACACAAGAACAACUAA